AUGGCCACCACACAAAAGCUUUAUCCGCGCGGAACGGUGAAGCGUAUUGUCAAAGCUCAGUCAAAUCGCAAUGUGAGCAAGAAUGCUGAUAUACUGAUCUUCCUGGACUAUAUGCUUUUCAUGCAGGAAUUGGUACGCGAAGCAUCAAUUCGCUCGCGCAAAACUGGUGACAAAAAUAUUGGCCCAAAUUCCAUCCAAAAAGUGACCGAGAGGACAUUACGAAAGUUCAAAGGUUGA